AUGAAGACCUUCCAACUGUUGUCACUGACUUUACUCUGUUCCCUGUUGUGGCUUCCUGAAAUCCCCGCCCACAAUGAUAUCGACUAUUUUCUAAAACUCUCCGGGGUACAGAAAACCAAAUUCCAUCCCAAAAAGGCGCGGAAUGGCAAACUUUUAGUCACAAACCUCGAUGACAAUCGAGAUCUGCUACUAAACCUAAGGCGUAUUUUACUACAACGGGCGGCCAACAAUUGGUCCCGAUUAUAUAGUUACAACUGGGAAUAUGGGAAAAUUCAAAGACCCCGCAAAUGGAAUGAGUUCCCUUGCCCCCUAAAUGGUACCAAGUCGAAAAGGACUCCCACAAGUGUGGAUAAGCUGCGACCGGGUGAUAUUGAUGUCAUUGCGGCAAUUGGUGAUUCUCUGACGGCUGGUAAUGGGGCAAUAUCUGAGACCAUUGUUGAUAUAGCCACCGAGAAUCGUGGGGUUACCUUCUCUGGGGGCGGUGUUGCCGAUUGGAGAACCAUUCUAACUUUGCCGAAUAUUUUAAAAGUUUUCAAUCCUCGGCUAUAUGGCUUCUCAACACAAGAUGGAGUGGCAGUGGAUAGACAUGCCCAUUUGAAUAUUGCCGAGCCCAUGAUCAUGUCAAGAGAUUUGGUUUAUCAGGUUCAGGUGCUGAUACAACGCAUGCGCCAGGAUCCUCGCAUUGAUAUGCAACGACAUUGGAAACUGUUGACAAUUUUUGUGGGCAAUAAUGACAUCUGUUCCGAUAUGUGUCACCAUGAUAAUCUGUGGAAUUUUCUAAGACAACAUGAGCGGGAUCUGAGGAAUGCCUUCCGCCUACUGCGUGAUAAUAUCCCCCGACUUGUGGUGAAUUUAAUACCAGCCCCAAAUAUGGUCAAUACCCUGAGGCAAAUGCAGAAUAUCCCCCUGCUCUGUCAGGCUGUCCACAGCGUGGGCUGUCACUGUAUCUUCAGUGAAACCUAUUCGAGGAAGUAUUUGAAUACAAUUUCGAAAUUUAUUUCCCGAUGGCAGAAAAUAGAUGAAUAUGUGGCAUCACUGCCGGAAUUUUACACACAGGAUUUUGUGGUACUCUAUCAACCGUUUACGGCCAAUGUCAGUUUGCCGAUUCGAAAUAAUGGGGAUACAGAUUUGAGAUUUCUGGCCAGUGAUUGUUUUCAUUUUAGCCAAUUGGGUCAUGCCGCCGUUGCCAAUGAGCUAUGGAAUAACAUGUUGCAGCCACCGGGGCGAAAGGAAUCAUAUUUUAUUGAACCCUUCGAGAGAUUCGAAUGUCCUUCGGAAGAGAGACCCUAUAUUGCCACAUAUAAAAAUAGUUUUGUCCGACAAUGAUUUUUGGAGAUGAAAUUGGGGUGAAAAAUUAUUUUAUAUUUAAGACAUAUUAUUAUUUUAGAAUAGUUGUUAUUGUUGUGAUAUUUUAUAAUAUUUAUUAUUAAUUUGAAAUUUAAGGCAAAAAAUAAAAAA